AAAAACAACUGACCCAACUCAUCUCCUUCUUUUCUCUCUGAAGCACAAAGAUGAACAAAUCAUCAAUCCAGUGCUUCUUAUUCAUACUUCUCACCAUCAUCGUCACCAUAAUUCCACGUUCGAAUGCACAAGGAGAAGUUGAGGAUGAAACUGAAUUUAGCUACGAACGGAACCACGAGACCGGGCCAGAGAAAUGGGGGAAACUGAAGCCGGAAUGGCAUAUGUGCGGAAAAGGAGAUAUGCAAUCUCCAAUUGAUCUUAGGAACAGAAGAGUUAGAAUCGUUUCACAUCUUGGAAGGCUUACUAGAAACUACAAACCUUCCAAUGCCACUCUUAGAAAUAGAGGCCAUGACAUGAUGGUGAGAUUUGAAGAAGGGUCAAGUAUUAUUGAGAUCAAUAACGUUGAAUAUCAACUAGGCCAGCUUCAUUGGCAUUCUCCCUCUGAGCAUACGAUCGACGGGAAAAAGUUUGCUCUGGAACUGCAUAUGGUUCACCAAAGCUCGAAUGGAAGCUUGGCUGUAAUCACAGUGCUUUACAACAUCGGAAGGGCAGACCCUUUUCUCAGAAUGUUGGAAAAAAAAUUGUCCGAGACAACAGACCCCAAUGAAGAAAGAAAUAUAGGAAUGAUUGAUCCCAGGGACAUCAAGUUUGGGAGAAACAAAUAUUAUAGAUAUAUCGGAUCACUUACAAUUCCCCCUUGUACCCAAAAUGUUAUUUGGACCAUCGUUAAAGAGGUCAAGACUGUGAGCAGAGACCAAGUGAAACUACUCCGAGUGGCUGUUCACGAUCAUUCAAAUACAAACGCAAGGCCGGUUCAAGCUACAAAUAUGCGUGUGGUCAAAUUCAACAGACCAAAAUAUUCCUGAAGCAGAGACAAAUUGUUUAUCAAUUUUUUCUUUUUUUUCAUUUUAUCAAUUUGUUUGACAAUUAACAGUGUGAUAUUGUCAUAAGAAAUACGUUUGUAAAGCUGGAAGAAUCAUCUCUCUCUAGCCUUCUUUCUAUCUAUCCUCUCAACUCAAAUAAUAUAUUUUUUGAG